GAGAACGGAAUGGUGGCCUCCAUAAACAGCAACAGGCUCAAGGCCAGGGGCGUGGGCCAACACCAAAACGCCCGCAACUACAAGAACCAGAACUUUGAGGAUAUUCGAGCAGCAUGUCUAAGGAAGGGGGAACUGUUUGAGGACCCCUUCUUCCCUGCUGAACCCAAGUCUUUAGGCUUCAAGGACCUGGGCCCCAGCUCCAAACAGGUUCAGAACAUCUACUGGCAGCGACCCAAGGAUAUCACGCAUAACCCCCAGUUCAUUACGGAUGACUUCUCUCCUACAGACAUCUGCCAAGGGGUCCUCGGGGACUGCUGGUUGCUGGCUGCUAUUGGCGCCCUUACCACGUGCCCCAAACUGCUGUACCGUGUGGUGCCCAAGGGCCAGAACUUCAAGAAAAACUAUGCUGGCAUCUUCCAUUUUCAGCUUUGGCAGUUCGGGCAGUGGAUGAACGUGGUGGUGGACGACCGACUGCCCACGAGGAAUAACAAGCUGGUGUUCGUGCAUGGCGCCCAGCGCCAGGAAUUCUGGAGCGCCCUCCUGGAGAAGGCCUAUGCCAAGCUGAACGGAUCCUACGAAGCGCUGGCAGGAGGCAGCACCAUAGAGGGUUUCGAGGACUUCACAGGCGGCGUGGCCCAGAGCAUCCGGCUCCGGAAGCCCCCUCACAACAUGCUAAGGCUCCUCAGGAAAGCCCUGGAGAAGUCUUCCCUUAUGGGCUGUUCCAUCGAAAUCACCAGCACUAGUGACUUUGAAACGAUGACCCAUAAUAUGCUGGUGAGAGGACACGCUUACUCAGUAACUGGCCUUGAGGACGUCUACUACAGAGACAAGGUAGAAACCCUGAUUCGGGUCCAGAAUCCCUGGGGCCGGAUUGAGUGGAAUGGAGCCUGGAGUGACAGAGCCAGGGAGUGGGAAGAGGUGAGUGUGGACGUCCAGCUACAGCUGCUACGAAAGAAGGAAGAUGGGGAGUUCUGGAUGUCCUAUGAAGACUUCAUGAGCAACUUCACGCUCCUGGAGAUCUGCAACCUCACCCCUGACGCGCUGUCUCCCUUGGAGUACAAGAGCUGCUGGCACACGACGUUCUAUGAGGGCAGCUGGCGGAAGGGAAGCACGGCGGGCGGCUGCCGGAACAACCCCGAGACGUUCUGGAGCAACCCCCAGUUUAAGAUCUGUCUCCCGGAGGAGGACGACCCAGAGGACAACUCUGAGAAAAGCGAGGUGGUCUGUACCUGCCUGGUGGCCCUGAUGCAGAAGAACUGGAGACAUGCGCGGCAAGAGGGAGCCCAGCUGCUCACCAUAGGCUUCGUCAUCUUCUCGGUGUGGUACAUACAGUUUCAGAACCUCCAGGACAUCCAUCUGAAGAAAGAGUUCUUCCUGAAAUAUCGGGACCAUGGCUUUUCAGAGAUCUUUACCAACUCACGAGAGGUGAACAGUCAUCUUCGGCUGCCUCCAGGGGAAUACAUCAUUAUCCCCUCCACCUUUGAGCCCCAUAAAGAUGCUGACUUCCUGCUUCGGGUCUUUACGGAAAAACACAGUGAGACCUGGUUGCUGGAUGAAGUCAACUGGGCUGAGCAUUUCCAAGAGGAGACCAUCUCUGAGAAGGAUUUGGACCAGGACUCCAUCCAUUUGUUUGAGAUGGUGGCAGACAAGGACAAGGAAGUAGAUAUGUAUGAGCUACACAAGCUCCUCAACAAGCUGGCGAAUAAAUUCAAGAACUUCAAGACUAGAGGCUUUAGCUUAGAUGUCUGUCGCCGUAUGAUCAACCUCAUGGAUAAAGAUGGCACUGGCAAGCUGGGUCUUCUGGAGUUCCAGAUUCUGUGGAAAAAGAUCAAGAAAUGGACGGACAUCUUCAAAGAGUGUGAUGAAGACCGCUCCGGGACCUUGAACUCCUACGAGAUGCGCUUGGCAAUAGAGAAAGCAGGCAUUAAGAUGACCAAUAAGGUAACUGAGGUGGUGGUGGCUAGGUAUGCGGAUGAUCAAAUGAUCGUGGACUUUGACAGCUUCAUCAACUGCUUCCUGAGGCUAAAGGCCAUGUUUGCAUUCUUCCUAUCCAUGGACACCCAGAAAACUGGUUCUAUUUGCUUGAAUAUGGAGCAGUGGCUGCAGAUAACCAUGUGGGGCUAG